AUGCCGGCGGUGAGUGACACCGGAGGAGGCCCCGGGCCACCUCUGCACCGAGCGAGGGGGCGGGAGGGCGUAUGGUCCUUCGGGCUCAGCGGGCUUGGCAGGUCCGAGGUGCUCGCCCCGCGGGCGCGGAGUCUGAACGUUCGCCGGGUCCUGGGCUGCCCCUUGAGCGCUUCCACCUCCUUAAGUUUGCUUGGAGUUUAUGGGUCGCUUUCAGUGAGACAACGAGGCAGAAUGGAAAUCUGGUCCCUCGCUAAUACAGCGCUUAGGGAAGAAGGAACCAGAAAAUUCACGUUCGGGCAAACACUUCAGUCACUUAUUAUUGAUGCAUUCCAUGAUAAUGAGUUUCAGAAAAUAAAGGAAUAUUUUCUACAGAGAGAGAGCCACGUACCUCAAAAAUAUGAUCAGCUUCUAUUACCCCAUCUUGACAGAUUAAUAAAUCAGGAACUGGAUAAAAAUGAAUUUCAGCAUGUUUCACUGUUGCUGAAAUGUAUUCAGCAAUUCUUUAUAGAUGGCCUCAAAGAAGAUGAGCCUUUGCUAAUUCAGCAGAGACUGAUCCCCAAGAUGGAUUCCUGGUUUGAAAGAACGACAGCAUUUCUGACCAUGGAAGAGCUAGCCUCAGACUCAUUGCUGACUACUGUUACAGAAGACUUCUUGGACACUGCUUUGAUUAUUUCCAGGAGUAGUAAUAAAGGGAAAAUUCAGAUGUUGGAUUCCUUCAUACUUAGCUUAGGACUCCUGGUGACAGAAAACACUGUAAAUCUUUUGAUUCAACAGGAGGCUCUGAGGACUUUGAACUUAAUUCUGCAUGCUGUGCCUCGGGAAGAAAGGAAAAAACUCCCUUUGUCAGAAGGCACAUGUCAUCUUAUGAAAGAACUUGCAAGGACAAUCUUGACUGUGGGUGAUUAUGACCAGCAGGUGACUAUUUCUGAAGCAUUGUGUAGACUGACGACUAAAAAGUCAAGAGAUGACCUGGCUCAUCAGUGGUUUGAGGAUGAUGUCAUUGCUGAGGCUUUCAAAGAAAUUAAGGAUCGAGAAUUUGAGACGGACUGUAGAUGUUUUCUCAAUGACCUAAACAAUAGACUUGGUGACCAGAGAAGGGUCUAUUCAUUUCCCUGUGUUGCUGCUUUUGCUGAUGAGCAUGAGAUGAGAAAACCAGCAGAUGAAAAAUUAGAGAAAUUUUGGAUUGAUUUCAACCUAGGAAGUCAGAGUGUAACUUUUUAUAUAGACAAUGCUGAGAGUCUUCUGUGGGACUCAGUGAGACUUUUGAAGGAAGCAGUGGUUAAUUUCAGCAUAAUAGAAACUGAGAAAAUGAAGACAUUUAUCAUUUACCUGAAGAAGCCUAUUAUUAUCAGUAGCAAAGAAGUGACAAAAAUCGAAAUCCAUUUUGAUCUGCAAUUCGACAUAUCACAUGCUUCCAUUCAAGCUUUAGGAGAGGAUAAACAGAUGUUGCCUGACCAGAUGAAAAUCUCCCCAGAACAUUCCAGUAAGUUUGAGAAGGAAGACACUAAGAUUCCUAGUAGUCGUGAAAGAGAAAGAGAGCAGGCAGAAGAAUCCACCCUCCUGGCAGAGGACUUGAGUGCCACAGAUGACCACUCCUUCAUAACUCUCUUGAAUGACCAGUCUGAGCCGCCCUCUAAUUACAGGAAACAUCUCUUCUCUGAGAGUGAUCAAGGUGCAAGUACUAGUACCAGUGAACUAUCUUGGACCAGUAGUCAAAAAAGAAAGUCCCUAAAACCGUACUCUAGUAGAAAAAAGAAAAGAGUCAGAAGCAGUUUAAGAAUCUUGCCAAUUUUCCCUCUCAGUAGUGGCAGUGAUCAUGAGAAAGACAGAGCUAAACUUCUAACACCAUUAAGGAAGGACACAUCCAGUCAAAAUAAUGCCACAUCUCCAAAACUUUCUGAAACAGAAUUCCAGGGUAGUUCUGCCUUCUUGACUCCUGAAGAUUCUGCCCAGAAAACAGAACUUCAGAGUCCCCACCCACUGAGCGGUCUCUCUACCUUGGAGUACUCAAAAGUUGAAGAAAAUGUGUCUCAGAUUGUGAGCCAAGAGUCAUUUAUGGAAAGUGCUAGCCUCAAACAUAAGCUGCAAAACUUGGAAGAUGGAGACAUACCAGACAGGAGUUUUGCUGAGUGGAGACAAUCGAGACCCCCUCGUAAACCCUUGGAAGACUGGUUCCCAGAAGCUGUUACAGCAGGCAUUUCUGCUUCAUCCCUCGAAGCCACGCCAGAGACCUUGGAUGCUUCUACCAUUAUUACACUUUUUGAGAACUUCACUAGAGAACUGAAAAAUUACGAGCUUAAGUACAGAAAGAGUCCAGUUUCUUCAGAAAAUGCAAAGGAAACACCAGAUUGCCUAAUAAAACUUUUAAACCAGAUACACCUGUGCAGGCUCCGUAAACUAGAGCAGUUUCACAGUUUUGUUCUUCAAGAGUUGAGCAAUCUUGAGAAAGAUAUUUGGGCUCUCAGACACCUUGAGAAGGAUGUUCUGGAAUUUUGGGAAAAACAGUCUGCUGAUCUGAAAUCAUUCUGUGAUGUGCAAAUGCAGAGUGGGCAUGCGCCCUGGGGUUUGGGUGGGAUGGGAGAAUCUGUCCUCUCAGUUGAUAUCAGCUGCUACCUACCUCUUGAGCAUCUAAUCGGGCUGACUGCCAGUCUGGUUACUAACAACACGUGGUUUGCAGAUAGCAUGGCCCCAACCACUUCCGCCGAUGCUCUAACCGAGACACAGCUGCCUUUUCUUCCACACCAGAGGAAAAAAAUCACCUGCUGGGCUAGCGUGUCGAGAGAUGGCAUGUACAGCUCCAAAGUGGCACAUGUUUAG